CCUCGAUCUAAGGUGCUUCACACUUGAAUAUUGCCGCAAAACAUGGCCCGGGCUAGUGGACCUUCAGAUCAUGGUAACAUCCGGUUACUGGCAUGGGCAAUCGCAGCGGUCAUCGGUGCCGUCGGAUACAGCACCUUUCUACAUGACAAAUUCGCAUUGAUAUUCGGCUUUGGCCGAGUGAUUCAACCCAUUGAAGAUUUCCCCUGGGACUGCAAACGUAUUCAACAUCCACUCCUUGAAGGCUGCGAAGAUAUCUGGCUAGACUACAACAACCGUAAACUGUACGGUGCAUGCACUAGCCUCAGCUCUCGAACGGGAUGGAACCCAAGUGGGAGCUUGUUCAAUGUCUCAGCGAGGUCACGCACCGAUCAUAUCUCUGUGUUGAACAUCGACGAGCCAGGUGCGGACGGCUUGUACGGGCUGCAUCAGCUCAAGAUCGACUAUGCCGGGGAUCUCGACCUGCAGGGCUUCGAUGUCAAGCGCGCUGGGGAUCGACAGCGGUUCUGGCUCAUUAACCAUCGACCGCCUGUGGAUCCGGCCACCGGAGAACCGCUCGAUCCCCGCAAAGUAGGCGCAAACUCCACUAUUGAGAUUUUCGAUCUUGAUGCACCCUCAAAUACUCUGAUGCACAUUAGAACUAUAGCUAGCGAGGCUAUUAUCUCCCCUAAUAACCUUGCGGUCGCAGACGAUGGAGUUGGAUUUCUGGUAACGAACGACAAUGAUGCAAAGGCUGGGAUGUUUCGCGAUCUCGCGAUACUUUUUGGAGGCGGAAGUUUGACAUACUGUCGGUCGGACACUGGCAAAUGUGAGGUGGUUGCCUGCGAAAGUUGCGCGUUCCCUAAUGGUGCCGUACGAGGCCUCGAUGGGCGCUUCUAUGUUUCCCACUCCGCCUCGGGUGUGAUCACCGUUCAUGAGUACUCGGAGGAUGGUCUCGUCGAGAUCAGAACGAUGCCUCUUGAUGUUCCGCUUGACAAUCUAUCUGUCGACAGAGAUGGAAACAUCAUGGCUGCUGCUAUUCCUCAUUCCGUGGGCUUCAUGCAAGCUGCUAAUGAUCCAUAUAACCGAGUCGCCGCGGCGGGUGUCUUAAUGGUGACAAAUACCGACUUGCAAGGCAAUAAGUACAAGGGCAUCAAAGUCAUCGAAGAUAGGGAUGCCAAGUACCUCCCCACCACAACGGUCGCAGCGCAUGAUGCCCAAACCCAUCGCUUGUUCUUGGCUGGGGGAUUUUCGCCGUUCCUCAGCAUCUGUCAGAAGCGUAAUUAAAGAUUGGUGAUCGCGUUAGGUGGACAAAGAUUUUUGUUCGACAAGUCUCAAGCUUGUUGAUAUCGAGUUCCAUUUGUAUGCCUGUCUUUCAAUCUUUGAGGUCUCGCUCCUAUGUUUCAAAACCUCUCGCGUGUCCUUUGGUAUCUUGGGAGUGCUAGGCAACUGCGAUAUAGAACGAUGCAUGGAGCGUUCCCCACACAGAUAGGCAAACAAAUGCUAAGCGCUGAAUUGCUGUCGGAAAUUUCUAGUUAGUCGGCAUUUCCGGGCAUAUACUGCCAAUUAUACUCUGUAGAUACAAGAGAAUAGUUUGGCGACCUCGGCC